AUGAGAGCCACGUUCCAAGUUGCUUUCCUGCUAGCAUGCUGCGUUUGGGCCAUAAUCGCUCAGACUCAGAGUAGCAAUCAGGGUAACAGCAGUCACAGCAAUCCAGGUGAAAUAACUGGCAAUGAUCAAACUGGAAAGACCGAGCCAAUCCGCUUCAGCAACAAAGCCAAAGACAACUGUUCAAUGGUCGUUUCGAGCAAAGGGGACUUAACAAAGCUGCGCGUUUCCUGUAAAAACAAGGGCAAGUCAUAUUCGUGCACUUACCAGGGCAAGCCAAAACUGUGCCGGAGCUACAGCAACAACCCACGCCACUAUUUUACCCAAAUCAUGUGGGAGAUGCGCAAAUUACAGAAUUCCUGCCAGGGCCGCUGCACAUAUAAACCCCUUAUGUGCCGCUCUGCAACAGAUGAAGCACAGAUGGUAUUCUACUCAUCCUGGCCUAAAAUUCAGAACCAACCUGGCAAGGCCCCUACAAAAGAAUGCUCCAACCCAGUUAAGAAUCCUGCUAAAACCACCACACAGAGCCCAAGUGAGACACCCAAGAGCUGGGCAGAGCGGCACUGUUGGGCGAUUGUACAGGACCUCUGUUCCUACAUCAUCGCCUUGAUCCAGUGA